AGUGGGAGAUUGGGAGGGACUGUGGGCAGCCACUGAACACAGGCAGAAAGUUCAUGAGCGAGCUGAACGUCUGGCAGCAGCAAAAAGAAAGGAAAAUCAGUCUAGCAAGGAAUCAAGAACUCCUCUUAAUACAGGAGGAAAGUUAUAAAGUGUGUCUGAAGCUGCCUUUCUUUUAGGAUUUCGCCAGCUCAUUCUUGUUGGAGCCUGACAGAAGUUUGAAGGAGGAUCUUAUUGUUAUUACAGUUCAUUUCAGGGCAAAACCUCUGAAGACGUCACAGCCGAUUCAGGUUUUUUCAGGAACGUUUUGGGAAUCGAGACACGGGGAAAUAGCAUCAACGAGGAUGGUUCUGCUGUUGCUUUUAUCUCUGGGCCUGACUUUGGGAUCAGUCCAGAGCCAGGGUUCCUCCCAAGAUGCCUUCAUAAUCCAAUAUCUAGAGAGAAGGCUUGUUCAGAUGGAGGAGCGUCUCAGUCUGUGUGAGCAAAACACAGUGAGUGCCACCCAGAAAACCUAUGACCUCUCCUCUGAAGUCAGAGGCUAUCUGUCCACUCUGAGCAGUUUGAGAUCAGAAGUAAAGAGCCAGGUGGACAGUGUCUCUGUGCGUGUUGACCGGGUGGAGAGGGAGCUGGAAUAUUUGGAGAACAAAAUUCCCACUCAGUCUAACAUUGAGAUGGAGGAAGCACUGCUAGAACAGCAGAUAAAAGCCGUAGAACUGGAGCAGCUGAAAAAGAAGGCCAAGAUAAAUGUGGUGAACGACUGCAACACAGUUCUGAGUCAAGUCAAGUCUCUUAAGAUUGUGAAGAAAUCUGGAGAUCCAAAUGGAUGCUGGUUCAAGGACCCCUCUGAAGGAUCAAAUAAGGUGUAUCUAUUCAGUGGAUUUCAUGCUCUGUCUGCGCUGAUGAAGAUUCACAUGCCUCAUUAUGUCAAAUGCUUGAACUCUGAUGCUGCGGCGGCGUCCACCGACCCGCUGAAGGUCUGUGCGCCCUCAGGGCCGCGCCGUGUCUUCCUCCGCCUGUCCCGAACGCUCCCAUUGGACCAGAUGUUGGGUCAGAACGCGAGCUUGUCCUCAAACGAGCGCCCGUACCGCUCCGAGUUCCUUGGCGUCCGCCGCACAGACGCUCUGACCCACGCUGAAAGCUCGGCGCAAAUUAAAGCCCUGUAA